AUGUCAGUCCAUCCACCAGUUACUGCAAAUAAUUCCGUAGUCAGAAUUGCUAGACAUUCUAAUGUCAAUAAUCGCCAUGGUAGCUUUCAAUCAUUUUCGAGUGGUUCAAAACUAUCACGUCAACUACAACAGCCUCAUGUUACAUUAGUAGAGUACAAAUCAGCUCAUUUCCUAAUUACUGAUGAGCCUACUGCAUGCAAUAUGGAAAAUUUUGUGAUGGUUUGUAAAUUACACAAUGUACGCAAAUUGGUUCGAGUGUGUAAAGCUAACUAUGGUAAAGAAACAUUGGAAACUGCUGGGAUUGAAGUUGUCGAUCUUGAAUAUGAUGACGGUGCCCCUCCUCCAGACCAAGUAAUUGAUAAAUGGUUCCAACUAAUUACGGAUGUGUGUCAACAAGGCCCUGGAAGUUGUAUAGCUGUACACUGCAAGGCCGGGCUUGGCAGAGCUCCUGCUCUUGUUGCUGCAGCUCUGAUUGAACUUGGUUUACCGUAUGACGAAGCAGUAGAAAUGAUUCGAGGUCAAAGAAAUGGAGCGUUGAAUGCACGUCAGAUACAGUAUUUGAAAAAUUUUCGUCCACGAAAACGUCUACGAAAUAUUAAGUCUCAAUCUGAUCGAUGUAAUAUAUUGUAA